AUGUUCAUUGGGUACACGGACUUCCACCGGGCCCGCGGUAGGCGCGGCGGCGGCGUAGCCGUUCUGGUCCGUCACACCCUGCCGUGCGAGUGCCUGACGCCCCCUGGCACCGACCCCCUGGAGGCUAUUGCCGUUCGCGUGUUCCCGCCUGCUUUUCCCAGCAUGUGCGUGGUGAGUUUUUACAACCCCCCAUCGGCACUGGCUCACGCUGCUCAACUAGUGAGCAUCGUUCGACGUCUCGGUUCUACCGCGAUCGUCGCAGGAGACGCCAACCUCCACCAUGAGCUCUGGGACAGUCACCCGCCGCCGGCGGAGGAAGCUGAACUCCUCGCGGCGGCGCUGGUCGACACGGGCUUUGAGAUCGCCAAUGACGCGGCGCAGGCCACGCGGCCCAGUGGGCGCAGCACCUCGUCCCCGGACGUGACUGCCUGCCGCGCCCUGCGCGUUUCCCACUGGAGCUCCACCCCCUACUUGGAUUCCGACCACUGUCUGAUAUCGUACUCCGUAGGGACAGAGGACGGCGUCCCGCGUUUGGCAAACGCUCUACCGCGGCGGAAGAAAGCCACCUUUGCGCUGCGCAAAGCCGAUUGGCCCGCUUUCACUUCGCAAGGUGAAGAACUUCUGGCCUCUGUGACCACAUGGCUGGAAUUUCGCAGAGGCAUUUUACGAGCGGCAAAGCGCACCAUACCGCGCGGCAGCCGUGCAAACCCCAAGACAAUUUGGACCGACGAAAUGGAGCAGGCCGAGUCUACUCCAUUGGCCGCGUUCAACGCACACUUAGCCUCACCAGGAGACAGCGUGCCGAGAGCUGAAUUUCUCCGGAAACGGGAGGACCGAAAUCUCGCCCUUCGCCGCCGCUUCACUAAGCUGUUGGAAUCCCGUGCAAAAAAGCUUGGAGCGGAUUCGAGCCCAAGCUGGCGAUACCUCCGAGGCAUGGCGGCGCCGCGUCCUCACCCUCUGGAAUCGGUUG